AUGGCCGUUCUGCCGUCCGGCUACACGUACCUCCAGACCCUCGAGGACGGCGUCCUUCGCAAGCUCUAUACGGCCGCCCGGCACGAUGGCGUCUCCUGCCUUUGUGAGGAGGUCUUUGUUGGACCUCCCCCUGCGCCUUCUGCCUCUUCGCUUCGCGCCUGUCCUGCCCUGAUCGCUCGCCUCGAUUCGCCCUUCCUUGGAAAAUACAUUCUUGUCCAGCCAGAUAAUCAGCGCAGGUCUGUCUUUCUUCUUUCCCAGCAUGUCCAGGAUUUCUCUCUCUUCACUCUCUUUACGGCCCACACAGGCUCGCGACCAUACACUCCAGAGGAUGAUAUAUGGCAAAUUUUAUAUGGCGCACUUCAAGGACUGGCCUAUCUUCAUAGCCCUUUGGCAAAGCCUGUUCUUGUUCACGGUGCAAUUUCACCCACCUCGGUCUAUGUGUCUAGAGAUGGAGCUGGGCUUUUGCGGUCACUGUGGAGCGUUCGAGAAAGUGGAUCCCCCUUUACGGGCGACGCAUACUCACCCCUCACCCCAUACGUAGCCCCCGAGGUCCUGAAAUCUCAGGCCAUAACUACCAAGGCAGACGUUUGGGCUCUUGGUUGUAUAAUUUAUGAACUAUGUGUGCAAAAGCAACUCUUUGCUGCGGCUAGCGAAGAAGAGAUGGUCGCGCGUAUCCUCACACCCGUGUCUGUCACCUUGCCGCCACAGUACUCGCGCGACUUAGUGACCGUUCUUCGCGCCAUGCUUGAACAAGACCCGUUCCAACGGCCAGGAGCUGUUGUUCUUCUCGGACACCCUCGCUUCGAGCACUUCGAUAAUUCCCUCCCUGAGGAUCACGAGGCUACCGCUGACUGCAAAGAUCCUACCCUUUCUCGUGUCAACACAGUGCUAGCAGACAGCACAAUGUCCUUUAGUUCCGUUGGCAGCUCUGUGGCCCCACUUCUUCCCGAAUCUAAUAGCCCCCUUUCCCAGGCAAUUGCCGCCGGCAACAAGACUGCAUUUACGAAGGCGCUAGGGGCAUGGAAAGGGAAAGCAGACUCGAACGGCUACUCCAGCCUAAUGUACGCCAUAGUCUAUCAGAAUACACCGAUGGCUAAGCUUCUAUUGAAAUCGGAUGCAGGGCUCCAGGACCGCACUGGCCGAAGCGCACUUAUGUACGCAUCUUCCUAUGACAAACUUGAACUCGUUCAAGAACUGAUCCGGCGCGAGGGACGCCUUCGCGACAGGGCUGGGCGAACGGCGCUAAUGCAUGCAGCAGCGUCUGACUCCUUGCUGUCUAUACGAGCCCUCAUUCCCCUCGAAGCAGGGCUUGCCGAUAAUGAAGGCUCAACUGCCUUGAUGAUCGCCAUUAAGAGCGGCGCAUAUCGUGCCGUGAGCAUGCUUUAUAUUCAGGAAGCCAGAUAUCAAUCUAUGCUGGGAAAGACCGCCCUUAUGCUUGCUGCACAACUUGAUUGCGGCGUAGCCAUCAAUCUGCUUGCAGAGGAGGAGACAUACCUUGAGGACUCGUAUGGGAUGACUGCAUCCCAAUAUGCCGAGCUGGCUGGUAACCAAGUUGGCGAGCUAGCACUUCGAGAACAUGAUCAAACCAUAGUAACCGGGAAAACAGUUGCGGGGAGGCUGAGCUCUCUUCCUAAGCUGGGAAUCAAAGGCGGGGCCCUGACCCUCGAGGAACGAGAACGCGUCAAUAUGCUGUCGGGAUCACUUCCCAGAGAUGAGCAAGGCAAUACGUCGUUAAUGCUGGCUAUUCUGGAAGGCGAUCGAAUCUCUGCCGAAAGCUAUCUUCCGAGCCAGAUGGGCUUUAGAAAUGCUGAUUCAGAAACAGCCCUUAUGCUUUGCGCAAAGAAGAAUCUAUCUGGUAUCGCUGCUCUUCUCCUUGCUGCAGAGUCGGGACUGCGCGUUGGGCUUAGCUCUUCUGUGCCCAAGGAGCGAGUUGGCAUGACUGCGCUCAUGCAUGCAGCAGAAGCAAAUGCAGUAGAGGUGUGCAAGGUCCUUUUGACAGCAGAGGCCGGGUCAGUGCGAAAGGACGGCAAGACGGCCCUUAUUCUUGCCGCUAUGGCUGACGCAAAAGACGCUGCCCUUGUCUUGGGAGCUUGUGAUAAAGAGGCAGGCCAGCAUGACACAAACGGCUUCACAGCUCUGAUGGGGGCUGUGCAGCAUAGAAAUGUAGAUCUUGCCAAGCUUCUAUUGAAGAAAGAAGCCGGCUUUCAGAAAAACGACGGCACUGCUGCGAUACACAUUGCAGUGUUUCUCGAAGAUGUCGCCUUGGUAAAGCUGCUCUUUUCUUAUGAAAAGGACUUGCAGCUAGCAGACGGCAGAACUGCCCAGACGAUUGCAAUUGCUCUUAACAAUCCUGCAUUGCAGGCUGUCUUCGAUGAACCCACAAAGAAGCGCUCCAAAAGCCGGGCACAAGGGAGCGCCAAGCGAUAG